CUUAGCCCACUUUCUCUCCUUCUAACAACCUUGUCUCCUUCCUUACAAAGCCUUAACCACAAGCACUAUUGCAAGAAAAAAGAACACGGAACUAUAUCAAUGGGAAGAGCACCUUGCUGUGACAAAAAUGGACUCAUGAAGAAAGGUCCCUGGACCCCUGAAGAAGAUCAAAAGCUCACCGCUUAUAUUCAACUUCAGGGACCUGGAAACUGGCGUUCCCUCCCCAAAAAUGCUGGGCUCCAAAGGUGUGGAAAGAGCUGUCGUCUUCGUUGGACAAACUACCUGAGGCCUGAUAUCAAGAGAGGAAGAUUUUCAUUUGAAGAAGAAGAGACUAUAAUUCAACUUCACAGUAUUUUGGGAAACAAGUGGUCAGCUAUAGCAGCUCGUUUACCAGGAAGAACUGACAAUGAAAUCAAGAAUUAUUGGAACACUCAUAUAAGGAAAAGGUUGCUUAGAAAUGGAAUUGACCCAGUGACUCAUGCCUCACGUCUUGAUCUUCUUGACCUAUCCUCUAUUCUGAGUUCAGCUUUGUGUAACCCAUCAUCACUACUCACUCUGUCAACCUUGGUGGGCAAUACUCAAGCCCUACUAAAUCCUGAUAUUUUUAGACUAUCCACCACUCUAUCAUCGUUGAAACAAGAAAAUUCAGACCUGUUUUUUCAGCAACUACAAGAAAACCAGCUUUGCAGCUCUCUGUUACAAAACCAAGCUAUCCCUACAUUAUCGUCACAACCUAGCCAGUUUCAGAAUCUAGUUGAGCUAAUUCCCGCUUGCACUCCUACUACAUCUACGGGCCCAUUUCUAAACGAAACAGCACCACUUAUGCUAGCAAACGUGGAAGGGUUUUCACCGAAUACAACAAGUACUUUUAGCUGCCAAAAUUCACAAGAAAAUUUCUUGCCUUUGGACGGGGGCUUGGUUUCACAGCCCAACUUUUAUUGUAAUAGUACUAUUACUACUACAAAUCCUACAGUUCCUGAACUUGAAGAGUACUCAGGAUUCCAUUCUGCAAACAACGGCUAUCAGAAUUUUAGCAUUGACUCAGUUAUUUCAACGCGUUUAACGAGCCCGGAUCCAUUGAAUUCACCAUCAACAUAUGUCAACAGCAGCAGUACUGAGGAUGACAGGGAGUGCUACAGCAGCUUGUUGAAGUUUGAAAUUCCAGAGAGUUUGGACAUUGAUGAUUUCCUGUAAAUAUAUAUUGCCUAAAAUAUGAUAGAUCAUGUGUAACACUAGACUGAGUUUUUUCGCUGUUUUUGUGCUUU